GCUGCAGCCGCAGGUGGCCGGCCAGCGCGUUCGCCCCGCGCCGCCAAUCGCGACCCCCACCGCCCUUCCCGUGAUGCCCCGCGGCUGACCUCCGACCUCGCCUCCCACCCCUCCCUGCGGCCCUCUUCUCCCCCGGCCCCUGCUGAAUUUGCCGCGUUCCGGAGGCUGUGGGGCGUGCCACCGAGGCGCAGCUCCCCCCGUAGCGCCUGGGCGGGUGCCGUCCCUUCGUCUUUCCUCCCCGUGGCGGGGCCUGGUGACGGGCCGGGGGCUGCGGCCGCGUCCGGGAAGCGACUCGGAUUCAAGAUGACCAACGAGGAACCUCUUCCCAAAAAGGUUCGACUGAGUGAAACAGACUUCAAAGUUAUGGCACGAGAUGAGUUAAUUCUAAGAUGGAAACAAUAUGAAGCAUACGUCCAAGCUUUGGAGGGCAAAUACACAGAUCUUAAUUCUAAUGACGUAACUGGGUUAAGAGAGUCUGAAGAAAAACUAAAGCAACAACAGCAAGAGUCUGCCCGCAGGGAAAACAUCCUAGUAAUGCGACUGGCUACCAAGGAGCAAGAGAUGCAAGAGUGUACUACUCAAAUCCAGUACCUCAAGCAAGUCCAGCAGCCUAGCGUUGCCCAACUGAGAUCAACAAUGGUAGACCCAGCGAUCAACUUGUUUUUCCUAAAAAUGAAAGGUGAACUGGAACAGACUAAAGACAAACUGGAACAAGCCCAAAAUGAACUGAGUGCCUGGAAGUUUACGCCUGAUAGCCAAACAGGCAAAAAGUUAAUGGCGAAGUGUCGAAUGCUUAUCCAGGAGAAUCAAGAACUUGGAAGGCAGCUGUCCCAGGGACGUAUUGCACAACUUGAAGCAGAGUUGGCUUUACAGAAGAAAUAUAGUGAGGAGCUUAAAAGCAGUCAGGAUGAACUGAAUGACUUCAUCAUUCAACUUGACGAAGAAGUCGAGGGUAUGCAGAGCACCAUUCUAGUUCUUCAGCAACAGCUGAAAGAGACGCGUCAGCAGUUGGCUCAGUACCAACAACAGCAGUCUCAGGCUCCAGCCCCAAGUACCAGCAGGACUACACCUUCUGAGCCUGGAGGACAGGCGGAGGCCACAGGUAAAGACUGCAGCCGGCUGGCCAACGGACCAAGUAAUGGCAGUUCCUCCCGGCAGAGGACGUCUGGGUCUGGAUUUCACAGGGAGGGGGACACAGCCGAAGAUGACUUUCCUUCUUCUCCAGGGAAUGGGAAUAAGGCCUCCAACAGCUCAGAGGAGAGAACUGGCAGAGGAGGUGGUAGUUACGUAAAUCAACUCAGUGCGGGGUAUGAAAGUGUAGACUCUCCCACGGGCAGUGAAAACUCUCUCACACACCACUCAAAUGACACAGACUCCAAUCCUGACCCUCAAGAGGAGAAAACAGUGAGUGGGAAAGGUAACCGAACUACGGGUUCCCGCCACGUUCAGAAUGGCUUGGACUCAAGUGUAAAUGUACAGGGUUCAGUUUUGUAAUAUUUUUUCCAACAAAUUUUUAUACAGUGUCAUUUAAUUUGGGAGAGGAUACUGUCCGGAAAAUUAACACAUACUUUUGUCACAAUUUGCCUUUUUUUUGUGGGUGUGGUGUUUUUUUCUUUUCCUCCCCGCCCCUCCCCCCCUUUGCUUCAAUACCUCUGCCACUUUGGAAAUUGUAACAGUUAAUUACCUUGAAUGUUGCUAAAAGGACAUUUUGUGUAGGGUCAAGUUAUUUUUAUAUGAGUUAAUGUGAAGUUGUAAAUGGAAAUCUUUCCCUAAAGUAUAACACAAUGAUGUCUGUAUAAAUCUGUGUCUAUCCUAGAACCUGUGCUGUGUACGGGCAUUCUUCCUCAUGCUGUUAUUAUACUUCUGCACCAUUCAGACUUGUUAGAGUAGAUGUGGGUUUAUGACUGCCAAGUUUGCCCAGUACAGUAGUUUUUCACUAAAAGCUGGACUUGCUGGUGGAGUCCUAGAGUAGUUUCAGUGUUAGAUACAGUUUUUUCCACCUUACAUCUGUGCAUUUUCUCUUUAGGUGACUGAAUGUUUAAGAAAUUUGUGUGCAUAGUUACUCAGUUUUUAUGAACUGUUGUAUCCUGUUAAUGCAUAUUGCUCUGUGACUCCAGUAUAUCUUACCUGUACUGACCAAACCUAAAUAAAGAUUUUUAUUGUAA